AUGAGUAAUUCAAACUUCAAAUAUUUAACUUCUGAUUUUCCACCAAUGCCUAUGCCUCAAUUUGUACCAACUAAUCUUAAUAAUACUAUGUUAAUUAAAUUAGAUGAUUUACUGGGAAAAAUCACAGAAGUAAAUAAUCAUCUUUCAAAUCUUGAAUUAAAAGAUGGAAAGAAAGCUGAAAUAUUACUUCAAUGGGCUGAUGAACAAUUUCUAGCUCAAGCUCUACCGAGUUCUCCAACGUCUUUACGAUGUGAUAGAGUAAUCGAUUAUGCAUUUGUUCGAGGUCUAAAUCUUGAUAUUCAAGUAUAUAAUGGAAAUACAACUAGUGAUCAUCUUCCAAUACUCUCUGUUAUUCCCUUGAAAGUUUUACAACAAAAAUUAGGAAAAAAUACCCAUUGGAAAGAAGAUUUUUUUAAAGCAUCAAAUAUUAUUAGACCUCAUCCAUAUACUGAUUCGCCUCCAAUUGAAUAUGAUAAUAAUAAUGAAGUUAUUCCUGAAGUAACACUAGAUGAACUUAUAAAUACAGUUUUAGCUAAAGAGAAAAAAAAAUCUCUGGAUGCUCAUGGUAUUUCGAAUUAUAUGUUUACUUUUCUCGAUCUUAAUUACUGGUCUCUAUUGUUAAAACUUUACAACCAUUCUUUUCAAAAGUCAGUUUUACCUUCCGCAUGGAAAGAUACCCGAAUGAUCUUAUUAGCAAAAAAAGAUUCCAUUUGUCCACCGUCUUUAACUCGUCCUAUUUCACUUCUCGAUUCAUUNUAUGGGAUAUCUAUUAUUUGCAUUUUACAGAUGCUUGCAUGUCUUUAG